AUGUCCCUCGUUGAAGCUGCACUGAAAGCAGAUACCGCAGAUGCGUUUAGUCAGGUUCCAGUAAUAGACCUCAAGGAUGCAUCUAGUACAGACCCCGCCGUGCGUAGGGCUCUCGGCGCUGCUAUCAGGGACGUCUGUAUAAACGUCGGAUUCUUCUACGGUGCGUGUGGCCUCUCAGUUUCCGUAUACAUGCGCCGAGCGGGCAUCGGCCUGAACGCAGUUUGCAACCACGGAAUCUCCCAACGCACGAUCGACAAUGCGCUAGCUGCGAUGACGGAGUACUUCUCCCUCCCACUGGAUGAGAAGAUGGAGCUCGACAUGCGGAAAUCGCCAAACUUCAAGGGCUACAACCCCGUGUUGAGCAGCAACAAUGACCCCGUGAACAACGGCGACAUGCACGAGGGCUUCGAGUUCGGCUGGGAGGAGCUGCAGGCGAAAGAGUCGGACGAAAAACGCGCCAACGAUGGUGUCAUGGCGGGCGUGAACGUCUGGCCCAGGGCUCCCGCCGAUCUCGACGGCGAGCAUGUUGUCAGCCACGCUGCGGUCACGCUCGGGAAGACUAUGUUUCCCUUGUUUGCCCUAGCUUUGGAUCUCCCAGAGGAAUAUUUCGGCGACAAGACCAAGAAUUCCGCUGCCCUCAUGCGCGUCCUCCAUUAUCCGCCCCAGACCGGGCCUGUGGACGACAGGGUAAUCGGUAUCGGGGCCCACACAGAUUUCGAGUGCUUCACGAUUCUUUGGCAGCAGCCUGAGAUCCAAGCUCUGCAAGUCCUGAACAAACAAGACAAGUGGAUCGACGCACCGCCCACUCCAGGAACACUGGUUGUAAAUUUGGGCGACCAGUUCGCGCGCUGGACAAACGAUGUGUUCAAAUCGACUGUUCAUCGUGCUGUCAACCGGAGCGGCGUCCGGCGAUACUCCAUUCCUCUUUUCUUCGGCACCGACUAUGACGUCAGACUAGAACCAAUCUCAAGCUGCGUUUCCGAGGAUCGUCCACCGAAAUAUGAAGUUGUCGCCGCAGGCGACUACGUCAAAGCGAGACUCAAAGCGACAUACGGUCAUUGA